ACUUCAGUCUGAGCAGACGUCUGUCUGGAUGGAGGGCAACCCGUCCAGUUGAUUCGUACCUUUGGCUUGCGGCGUGAACAGCAUUAGUGGACGUAUUUAGGAUUAGUUAUUUGCCAUUUUUCUUAAUGAAAAAGAGGCUCAUGUAAGAAUGACAUUCCAGCGACGAUGAUACCAUUAUCUUGCAUACACGGUCAGUGUGAAUUGUUAUGGUGAUACUACAAGCUACCCCGUGCUAGCAGAGGGACUGUUUUGGGAGAUACCUUUUCAAAACCCACACGCUGACACAUGAACUAGACGCUUUUUGUGAAUUUUCAUCAAGCUGGAACACUAAGGGGAAUGUCUAGCCAAGGAGUUAGGAGGAAUGGCCCAGUGAAGCUGCGGUUGACAGUCCUGUGUGCAAAGAACCUGGCAAAAAAAGACUUCUUCCGGUUGCCAGAUCCUUUUGCCAAAGUGGUGGUGGAUGGCUCAGGACAAUGCCACUCUACAGAUACUGUGAGAAAUACGCUGGACCCCAAGUGGAAUCAACAUUAUGAUCUAUACAUCGGAAAGGCAGACUCGAUAACCAUCAGUGUAUGGAACCACAAAAAGAUCCACAAAAAGCAGGGCGCAGGUUUCCUCGGCUGUGUCCGCCUCCUAUCCAACGCCAUCAACAGACUCAAAGACACUGGCUAUCAGAGACUGGACCUGAAUAAGCUGGGCCCCAAUGACAAUGAUACUGUGAGAGGACAAAUAGUCGUGAGUCUUCAGUCCAGAGAUCGCAUUGGGACAGGGGGGCCGGUGGUGGACUGCAGUCGUUUGUUCGACAAUGACUUACCCGAUGGCUGGGAAGAGAGGAGGACAGCCUCCGGAAGGAUACAGUACCUGAACCACAUCACACGUACCACCCAGUGGGAGAGACCUACUCGGCCAGCGUCUGAGUACUCCAGCCCGUCAGGGCGGCCGCUGAGCUGUGUGGUGGACGAGAACACGCCAGUGAUGACGCCCGUUAAUGGGGCCGAGGCCAGCUGCCCACCGGGGGAACCGCGGAUCCAGGAGAGACGGGUCCGAUCGCAGCGGCAUCGCAACUACAUGAGUCGAACACACCUGCAUACGCCACCUGACCUGCCUGAGGGUUAUGGUGAGAGACAGAGCUGCAACACACGCACUCACUUCGCUAACUGAUUACCAUUUAUUCAAUCUGGUGAAAUAGGAAGAGAUGAUCUCAAUAAGUUGUUGCAUUUUGUAUCAAACUUCGUCAAUCUGAGCAGUGAAAGCACCAUUGUAAACCAAAAAAAAAGGAGGCGGUCUUGUUAUGAUCGUGCGAUUACAAAGGUGAUCCAAUCAUGUAGCUGCUAAAGUGUCUUUUGUGGAAUGUUUUGCAGUGUGUUGGCUGGCUGGCGGUCAGAAGCAUGUAAAUAGUUUAUUCUACCUACAUGAGCUGUUUAAAGCCGUUGCUCUGGAAAAGGCAUUCAGGGCCUUCUGCCAUUCAGUAUCAAUAAGGUCACCUGAGAAUGUAUUUACACAUCUGACUGCACCCAGUCAAAUGUUGGUUACAUUUGACAGAGCUCAGCCUUGUCACUACUGUUUCAUUGCCAGUACAUAAUCAGUGUUAACGUUUACUGAUAUCAAAAAGGCAAGCUGAGAUGAAGUCCCAGCCCUAACCCACAAAACUAUGCACUGAAAGACCUGGGGAGCUGCUCCUUUGGUGGUGUCGUCUCUGUAGCCUGGAGGAAGCGAUAUUUUGAACAUUUUUUUCCUGCCCUUUUCAUCCUUUUGUUUUCUCUCUGCUGUCCUUGGCCUCUCUCAAAUGUUCUCUAGCAAACCCCCCCUCCCAUCCCCUCACACCCCUUACCACAGCACCAUAUCAUGACAACUGCAAUCAACACUUGCUGUGUGCCUCUGAUCUCCCCUCCCUCCUUCUCUUCUCUCCUCUCUUUUACUGUCCUCGCCUCUCCUGUUUGCAGACUGAUAAUCCUUCUGUGAGGAGAAAGGGGGCAAGCAGGGUAGUCAUCGGUGUUUAGCUCAGAGAAGGCACUUUAGGUUAUUGGCAAGAAAACACAUUGGGAAAUUAAUUCAGGGGCUACACGAGUACAUUUUCCAACAUUGGAAUGCAGAAAAUGUGUGCUUUUCACAGUCAGCCACAGUGCAGCCCACAAUACGCACAGAGUAUAUAAAAUAAAUUAUUAUUUUAACUGUGGUCCUCUUUGCCAGGGAUUUAGAAGGGCACUGUUGGACCCGUGCCCCCUUUUGAAAAGUCCUGUUGUGUCCACUGAGGCUGGCCAAGGUCGGACAAAGUGAGUCACUGAUGCCCAACAGCUAGUGAGCUUUCUUCCUCAGCUAGACCCUCUGAUCCAGUGGCUGGGUGUGGUCAGGGAGCGUGAGAGUGAGUGUGUGAGGGGAAAAAGAGAGGGAGACGUGGGUAGGAAAUGAGUUGUGCCAGUAGGAAGUUGGGGUGGGGGGGCAGUGAUGGAUUAGCAGGUCCAUAUACAUACGCACGAGCACCACGCCUGUGUACCACACACACUUUGUGCCAACACUCACUCUCCAUUCAUCCAUGAGCUGGAUGGAACGCGAGAUCCAACAAGCCGAUGACGAUCCAUUCUCUUUGGAUU